CCAAUACAUACGUAAGCCUCAACCGCCAAGAUCUCGCGAUGAUGAAUCUUGACCCACAGGUUGUUUGAGAACCUCUGAGAAGAAUGAGAUAUCAUCAUGGAGUAGAAGCGCGGUAGUAUAAGAGGGCGACGAUGCCGACUCUGUUAACACAAUAUGAGCACCAACAUCCAUCGCUCUCUCGUAUCGAAAAGACUAUCAGACAUACUCCCUUCGUUUACUAGUAUUUAUAUCAUUCUUUGACCUAUUACAGAUUACAGCGAAAAUGCGAUUCAAUACCUCUAUCGUCUCUGGCUUAGCCUUACUAGCCGGCUCUGCUGCUGCCCAUCCCGGCCACGACAUCUCUGAGGAGAUCAAAGAACGUCGCGAAUUUCUCGGCUCUGUUAAGCGCACUAGCUUAAGCCACUGCGCUGCUCAGCUGAAAGCGCGCGGUGUCGCAGAUCGUAAUGUCCAGCGCCGAGCUGACAUGCUUCAAAAGGCCCGGGCUAAGAGAGGCUUGAAAAAGCGCGACCUCAGCUCCGUCUUGGCUACUAGCCACAAUGCUACCGACCUCGGCUACACGCCCUCUACCAGCGCUACCACCCUUUUCUCUGGGUAUAAUUCUUGCCUUUUAACCCCCGAUGUCACUCAGGGUCCCUACUACGUCGGUGGCGAGUAUAUCCGGGAGAACAUCAUCGAGGACCAGGCCGGAAUUGACACCAUCCUCGACUAUCAGGUGAUCGACGUUAAUACUUGCGAGCCUGUUCCCGAGGUUUACGUGGAGAUGUGGCAUUGUAACGCUACCGGUGUAUAUAGCGGUAUCGUCGCAAACGGUAACGGAGACUCUUCGGAUGAGACUAACAUCAAUAAUACCUGGCUCCGCGGCAUCCAAAAAACCGAUUCUGACGGCGUCGCUCAGUUCGAGUCCAUAUUCCCUGGACACUAUGUGAGCCGCGCCACUCACAUCCAUAUCAUGGUUCACCAGAAUGCUGUGCUAUUCGACAACUCGACCCUUGGCAACAACGUGAGUGCCAGCCAUGUUGGUCAGGCAUUCUUUGACCAGGAUUUGAUCACUGCCGUCGAGCUUAAUGCGCCUUACAAUACCAAUACUCAAGAGCUGACCGUGAAUGCUGAUGACAGCAUCUUGAGCGAGGAGACGGCUACCGAGGGUGUCGAUCCGUUCUUUGAAUACACGCUUCUUGGCGAAAGCAUCACUGACGGUCUCUUUGCCUGGGUCGCUUUCGGUAUCAAUGCCACUGAGUCUCAGUCAGUUACUCCGGCUGCUUUCUACUACAAGGAAGGUGGUGUCGCCAACUCCAACUCUGGUGCCGGCGGUCCGGGCGGCUCUGGCGGUGCUCCUCCAAGCGGCGUGCCGGGCGGAAUUCCCAGCGGUACAUCCGCUCAGCCUGCUUCGACCUCUGCGUAGGAAAUUUAACAAACAUUCGAAUGGGUUGAUAAACAGAUUUCGGCGUGGAGAGAUGCAUUCAUGAGGUGCGCUCUAGGGUCGGUUUAAACAUACGUAUGGCCGCGUUCACAUUCGUUUUAGUACAUGUA